UGGCAGUCAGCCCUGUUCCUGGUUGUGGGACCCAGGGGAGCUCGAAAAAGAAAGAGGCAUUAAUACUGGAUUGAAAAGGUAGGAAGCAGAUGAAAAAAGAACAUGCAGGGUUAACUAGACAGAAAGUAAAAUCAAGAUAUAAACAAAAUACUAUAUCAACUCAAGAGCCUUGACUUAAAGCAUUCGUAGCCAGACAACUUUCUGAUUCUUCUAUUAAUGAAACCUACGCUAUUCUUGGAAUUGCCUUUUUGCACUAGUCCUGCCCAGUGUCUUGAACCAGACCACUAGGGAGAAUCCGCUUCAAGAAGUUAAACUCAUUUAACCCGGAGCCUCCCGUCAGACACACCUCGUACUGGUAGCUCUGGGACAGGGUCCCCGUGCCGCUGACGUCCACCAGGUGGCCUGGAAAGUGGCCCUCGGGCACCGAGCAGCGACUCACCGAGGCCGCCACGCCCCUCCUGCACAGCCGCACCGCGACGAACACCAGUACCGAGAAGAGGAAGAGCGACGACACCGACGCCAAGGCGACCACCAGAUAUACGGAAAACUGGAGAAUGAUCAUUUAUGUCCCUAAUCCAUAGCUCAGCCUGGAAAAACUUCAAGGGAUUUUCCAGUAACAUCUGGAAAGAGUGAACUAAGAAGAAGAACUAUCCUAAGUCUUCUGAAUUAAAACUGAGACUCAAUCUACAUUGAAAUUCCUCAGAAAGGAAUCAUGAACAUUGAAGCAUAUUUUGAAAGAAUUGGUUAUAAGCACUAUAGGAACAAGUUGGACUUGGAAACAUUAACUGACAUUCUUCAGCACCAGAUCCGAGCCAUUCCCUUUGAGAAUCUUAACAUCCAUUGUGGGGAAGCCAUGGAAUUGGGCUUAGAGGCCACUUUUGAUCAAAUUGUAAGGAGGAACCGAGGUGGGUGGUGUCUCCAAGUCAAUCAUCUUCUGUACUGGGCUCUGACCACAAUUGGUUUUGAGACCACUAUAUUGGGAGGGUAUGUAUACAACACUCCAGCAAACAAAUAUAGCAAUGCCAUGAUUCACCUCCUGCUGAAGGUGACCAUUGAUGGCAGGAACUACAUAGCUGAUGCUGGAUUUGGACGCUCUUACCAGAUGUGGCAGCCUCUAGAGUUAAUUUCUGGGAAGGAUCAGCCCCAGGUGCCUUGCACCUUCUGCUUGACAGAAGAGAGAGGAAUCUGGUACCUAGACCAAAUCAGAAGAGAGCAGUAUAUCCCAAACCAAGAAUUUCUUAAUUCUGAGCUCCUGGAAAAGAAUAAAUAUCGGAAAAUCUACUCUUUUACUCUUGAACCUCGAACAAUUGAAGACUUUGAGUCUGUGAAUAUAUACCUUCAGGAAUCUCCAGCAUCUGUCUUUACAAGCAAGUCAUUUUGUUCCUUGCAGACCCCAGAAGGUGUUCACUGUUUAGUGGGCUUCACCCUCACCUACAGGAGAUUCAAUUAUAAGGACAAUACAGAUUUGGUAGAGUUUAACACACUGAAUGAAGAAGAAGUAAAAGAAAAUCUAAAAAAUAUAUUUAAUAUUUCCUUGGAGAAAAAGCUUGUCCCCAAACAUGGUGAUAAAUUUUUUACCAUAUAG